AUGUGGAAAAAUAUAUGGCAAACAAGGAAUUCCCCACUGGCGCAAGCAAAGUGGCAAGUGGGAAGAGGGGAUAGCAUUAGAUUGAGAGACUCCCUUUGGUACAAGCCAAGGAGUGCUGACCAUUUAGAUCUUCUUCAACUACAGUAUGGUACAGUUAAAGACCUUAUGGAUCCUAUAUCAGGGAACUGGAAUAGCAAUCUGAUUAAUACCGUUUAUAAUAGGACUGAAGCAGAAGCUAUCCUGAGCACGACUUUCUCCAAAUUUGGAAACAUUGAUAAGGUAAUCUGGCCCUUCUCUAGUAGCGGUGAAUACCAAGUGAAAAAGGGCUACAAGAUGUUAAUAGCCUUAAAUCAAGAAAAUGCUAAUCGGUGUCUACUUUCUUGUGGAAAAUUUGUCACCGUACUACCUACAAGAACCGAAUUAGCCAAGAGGCAGAUAAUUACAGAUGAUACUUGUGCGGUUUGUGGAGAAGACCAGGAAACUCUAGAUCACCUGUUCAUGUCAUGUCACUUUGCUAGAGCUAUAUGGUAUGGUGCUGCUCAAGGGCUGAGAACUCAUUUUAUAUACACAACAGAUAUGGCUAACUGGAUGAAGUCACAAAUUGAAAAUUGUAAUAUAAAAAGUCAAGGGGAUAUAGAGAUAUUGACUGAGCAAGGAGCGAUUCUUUGGACAAUUUGGAAGACAAGAAAUAGAGCUAUUUUUGAGAGACUAGAGCCAGACAUCCAUCAAGCUUUGCAUACAUUCCAAAGAUUAAAGAGUGAAUGGAUGCAAGCAAUGACUUCCCAAGAGCAACACUACUUUGACCCACAAGGGAAAAGAUAUUACAAAAAUUUCUCAAACUGUAAGGAAUGGCAGAUUUUAAUUAUCAUAGGAAACAAAAACCUUCACGGCAAUACAAAUUGGGAUGGAGGAGCCUUUGUGAUUAAAAAUCACUUAGGACAGUCCGUCAAGAAGGGAUGUUUCUCAUGGCAUACGAGGAAUAAGAAGACCAGCAAUCUUUUAACUAUUCACGAAGCGCUCUAUACUGCUUGGAAGGAAGGAUAUAGAAAAGCCAUCUUAUUUGUUAGCUCAGAAAAUUUAGUGGAUGAGCUGGCAACCAUAAAUACAAACAACAAGGAAGCAGAGAUUCUCCUAGAAGAUAUCCGAACCGAAAAGAGAAUGUUUCAAAGUCUACAAAUCAAAGUUGCUCAUGAACCCAUAUUCAAGGAAGUCCAGCAAUUGGCGAAGAUGGCAACCCAGUCUUUUAUACACACUCUCUGA